AUGUCUGGAACAUAUCCGAAUCCGGCAAACAGCAUCUACUCCUCAACUUAUGGAGAUGUAAGAAACUACUCUCAAGCUCCAACCUACACAGCGUACAACGCUCCCAACUCCUUCCAGAGUGUCGCCUACCCCACCCAACCAGCCUCCUACUCCACCCAGCCAGCCUCACAUCCCACAAACCCUACAUCCUACUCCACCCAAACACAAGCCUACCAGAUCUACAGCGAUGCUACUGCAACUACUUCCCCUUCUUACGGUGAAACUCUGGCAGGAUAUAAACCUAUCACUGGAGAAGCGUUGGAUUUGCCAGGCCAAUCUGGUUCUACUGCAAAACGUGGUGGAUUUAGCAGUCGUGCUCCUUUCCCUAGCUUUCGUCAAAGGAGGGGAAAUAUGGGCGGUGGAGGAAAGUGGCCGAUCAGGAAGAAAGCAACACCUCGUCCCUUUUCGUGUGCUAAACUCCAUCCUGUAGCAGCUCUCAAACACUUUCAUCCAAAAGCAGAGUUUACAGCAGUGUGUUCUUACCAUGUACACGAAGGAUCAGCUCAUGUUUACAGUGUUGCUAUUGAAGAUGUAGUGUACCAGGGAGAGGGGACCACUAGCAAGAUUGCUAAAGCUAUCGCUGCUGCUAAAGCUCUAGAGGGUAUUCAGGCACUUGAUCACGACAAAGUACAAGUAGUAGCAGACUACCAGAAACAGAAGGAUGAGGUGCUGAAGAGGAUCCAGGAGUGGCAACACAACCACGCAGCCAGUGAGGGGAAGAAGAAGAGGAAGAAGAGUAAGAAGGAGGAGGAGGGAGGGCAGCAGGCUGAGAGUAAGCCAGACGAAGUGGAGCAGCCUGCUUUUAAAAAGAUUAAAAGUGAAGCUGUACCCGAUGGUGCUCAAAUUGGACCUAUACAACCAACCGAGAAUCUAGCAACAGCUGAACAGGAGAAUCCAGGAACUGAGCUACCGGGCGACAACAUGAACUCUGCCUCUCAGGAAGGAUGUCCUGUGAGGGAUUACGGUCAGUUGCUUCAGAGAUACGGUCCUAACAUAACCGAGGAGUUCUCUGAGCAUCAGGACCAAGGAGUUAGGUUCAGCUGCACCCUGACUAUCCAGAGUUUCCAGUUCACUGGUCAGAACACCAGUAAGAAGAAGGCUAGAAACGAAGCUGUUAGGCUGGCAUUCCUCGCGUUUGAGGCUACACCUCCACCUGUGGUCAAUGUUAAGCGGGAGAGGGUUAAGAAAGUUUCCAAAAAGUUUAAGAUGCUACAGCCGGUCGACUUUCCAGACAUGUUAGCUGAAAAAUGUUGGAAUUUUGCCAGCGAACACUUGGCACGAGUCCAAGGACCCUAUAAACAUCUCAAGAACCUUGUAUUUGUAGUAAAGAUGGAGGGUGAGGAAAGUAUUGAGAACUGUGAAGUGGUGUCCUUCGGGCACGGUACACGACUUAUUAAAAUGGAAAACCUCAAACAUGACGGGACUGUCGUUGAUGAUUGUACUGGGGACAGCUUAGCCCUGCGAGGUUUAAGACGGUACCUGAUCACUCAGCUUGAAGCCUGUGUCAAGGAGGAACCUUCUGUUUACCAGGCAGCUGACAACAACAAGUACACUAUAAGAGAUGGGGUACAGUUUAUCUUCUACUCAACCAACUGUCCUAAUGGUGACUGCAGAACCUUUAAUUUGUUCCACCGCGUUCCCAGAUUCAAGAGGUCAGUGUCCACGGACACCACCGGAGAACCUGGACAAGAGUCACUUGAUCAGGAGAGCAUUGCUAAGGUCGAGGAAGACGAGGUUAAGGAAAACGAAGUUAUGGAGGAUAAAGAGGUUACGGAGAAUGUGGUUGUUGACACUGAGAUAAAUGUUGAGGUACCGAUGAGUGAUAAAGAGGAGAAAGGAGGGCAGGAGAACUCGUCUGCUGAACAGAAUACUGAUGACGGUGCUUCAAAUAAAGAUAAUGCCAGUCCAGCGAAAUCUAGCAGGCGGGGUGGGUUCAAUCCAAACUACAGAAGGAGAGUAAGGAACUUUGAAGGGAAGAUAACGUAUGCUAAGAAGGAUGAUACAGAGGGAUCCAGAGAACAGAUCAGUUUAUUCGAGGAGGAGUCUUCUCACUGCAUUGUCUCUCCAAGUGAUAAGUUAGCAAUGAGGAACAUGUGUGGUGUACAGGGAUCCCUCAUUUCUGAACUCUCUUCCCCUGUCUUUAUCAGCCACUAUCUUAUUACACUGAACAAGUACAACUUGACAGAGCUCACCAAGAGCCUUUAUGAUCGAGUCCAAGGAGCGGAAGUGCCGGAGAGCAUGACCACUGCCUCCCCUGAGGUAAGAGGUGUGAAGUGGAGACCCACCGAGUUCCUACCUAAGACCUCCCUAUUUGCUUGUAUCUGGGCUAAGGGGUUCCAGCUAGAAAUUCUUUACUCCUGCGAAGGUAAGCAGAUAGAUGGGGGAUUGGAGAAUGUGGACUGGACCCAGACAGUGGACCCGGCACUAUUCUCCCAGUCUACCUACUCUACACAGCAACUAUUCAAGGAAUACACCCAGUUCUGUUCGGUACAUUCCAUGCCUUGUGCGAGCAAGUACAGUGAUAUCAAGAUGAAGAGUACAGGAGAAUACCAGGCUGUGAAGAAUGCAGUAAAGAAACAUCUGGAACAAACAGGAAUGGGGUCGUGGAGAGAUGUCAGGGUGCCUGAAUUUUAAUUUGCUGAGCUUUACAUUGUUGAACUUUAGUGGAGGUUAUGUUCUAGUUUCGGUUGCGCGGCUCUAGAUCUCAAACGUUAAGUUACUGGAGCAGCGUGUCCGAACCUGGAAGUGAACACGCUAAAGUUCGGAGUUAUAAUUUUACCUUUAUCUGAAAGGAGAGCGGAGUUUUUUGGGUGUUUGUCAGAUUGAAGUUUGAAGUUUGAGUGUUAUCAUCCAGCUGCAGCUCAUUGAAAUGAACAACAUCUGAAUGUUUAUUUUCGAUUGACUUUAUAUUAUUGAGAAAAAUAUUUUAUCUUUUAUUUUACUGCUCUGAAAUCUUUAUGCGUUAGCGGAGAAUUUUAGAUGCAAGUACCGUUUGUUUCGGUUAUCGGACUCAAUAUAACAUAUUAUUAUCUCUUAAAUUGGGAUUGUAUUCCUAAAUUCCUAUCGAUAUGUUAUUUCAUGUAAAUAUACGUCUGGCGUAUAAGAAUGCUCCGGAGUUACUGUUAGAGAUUGCUGAAUGUUUACUUCUUCGAA